AUGCUAGCUGGACUACCAAACCAACUGGUCAUCCUCACUGACCAUGAAGCCCUCAAGUACUUCAAGUCACAGAGAUGCAUCACAGGUCGACAGGCUCGAUGGGCCAUACUACUAGCAGACUUCGACUUCAUAUUGCAGUAUCAACCAGGAGACAAAGGUGGUGAACCCAAUGCUCUCACCAGAAGGACAGACAUGCAACCAGCUGGUGAAGAGCAGGAUCACAAUGUGAGGCAACUACUGCCUCCUCGAGUGUUCAGGGAGACAGCAGACCAUGACUCAACCCUAGUGGCCCCUAUGCUCUCGAUGGAGUCCAUAGCAUCAAAAGGUCUCAGAGACCUGGUCAAGAUCUUCCAGCCCUUAGACCAAGAGCUACAGGAGAUACAUAGGAAGAAGCCCUUCGAGGUCAAGGAUGACCUAUGGUACAGUGGAGGAAGGUUGGUUAUCCCCAAAGUGAUCAUGCCAGGGAGGACCAACAACCAACACUCAAGGAGUGCCAAAGAGGUAGAUGGACAGUCUCUCUCUGUAGAGCAUCUGCAAUUCAUGGUGAUGACCCAAUGCCAUGAUGGUAUUACUGCUGGACACGUAGGAAGAGAUGCUACCAUCAAGGCAGCUCAACGACAUUACUGGUGGCCAAACAUGACAGCUUGGAUUGCAGACUAUGUAGCAAGUUGUCCUGUAUGUGCUAGGUACAAAGCUCCUCAUCACUGUCCAUAUGGUUUGCUACAGCCACUAGCAACACCAGACAGGCCCUGGGGCUCCAUAUCCCUUGACUUCAUCGAAGGACUACCACCAUCAAAGAAGUAUGACUCCAAGACCUAUGACUCUAUCUUAGUCAUUGUUGACAGGUUAACCAAGUUUGCCAUACUAGCUCCAACCCAUAAGACAGUCACAGCCAAACAGACUGCAGUGUUGCUAUAUGGACACAUGGUUAGACUUUUUGGAUACCCAGAUCACAUGGUCUCGGACCGAGGCAGGCAGUUCAUAUCAGGAGCAUGGAAGGCAUUUGCAGAGCAAAUGGGUGUGAAGCACUCACUUAGCAUGGCUUACCAUCCUCAAACUGAUGGUCAGACAGAGAGAGUCAAUCAGGUCAUAGAGCAAUACCUCAGGAUGUACUGCAACUAUGAGCAGGAUGACUGGGCCAACCUGCUGGACACUGCAGCCUUUGUAUACAACAACACGGUCCACAACAGCAUUGUCAAUGAUCCAGGUCGCUUCGAGUACCUCAUGGAUGGAAAGGAGCAUUGCAAGUACCUCCAGGAGCAGAUCAGAGAGGCACAACAUAGAUCAGUAGACCAGUAUAACAGGAAGCACAAGGACAUCGAGUUUAAGGUGGGUGAUAUGGUCUAUAUCAACCAUCGAAACUGGAAGACAUGGAGACCCACACCCAAGUUAGAUACCCGGUUUGCAGGACCCUACCCAGUUCAGGAACGGGUAGGACGCCGAGCUUAUCGAAUCACAUUGCCAGCAAACCUUAAGGUGCAUGAUGUGUUCCAUGUCUCCAUGCUUGAGCCAGCAAGAACAAGUUCUCUUCCUCAAUGUGCUGAACAGCCCACCAUACCAUCACUUCCAGAUGAGGACCUCGACUUCGAAGUCGAAGCACUCAUCGACAAGCGUUCACACAAUGGGACUACAGAGUACAAGGUGUUGUGGAGAGGGUACUCAGAAGAAGCUGCUUCAUGGGAACCAGUAGAGAACCUCAACUGUCCUGACCUCAUCCAGGAGUAUGAGGUGUCGGAGGGGGGACGAGUGGGUAGACAAAGUAGAGAAAGGAGGAGAGAACAGGAGGAGUAG